UUAGGCAAGAUUACGUUUAUUUUUUACUCUUUCAAAGUCUGUUCAGUAACCUUCGAAAUAGUGAUAAGAUAAUCGGAAAAGUUCAUCUUACGCAAAGCAAACUAAAAAAGGAUGUGAAAGAGCUUAUUCGGACACUUCAACUAUCAAAGCGAGUUCAACUCUUCUGACGUCCAUCGGACAAAAUGAAAAUUGAUCCAAAACUUAUAGACGAAUACGAACAAAAUGGCGCUGUUCUUCUAAAAGAUGUGUUCGACCCAUUCUGGAUUGAUCUUGUUCAUGAUGGAAUAGAAAAAAUUUUGGCUGAUCCAAGUUGUUAUUCGGAAAAGUUAAAAGGAAAGACAGGUGAUGGUCAUUAUUUUGAUGAUUACUGUAACUGGCAACGGAUUGAGGAAUUCAAAAAGUUUGCUUUGGAAUCUCCAGCAGCUGCCAUUGUUGGAACGCUUACGAAAUCGAAGGAAGUUGCAUUUUAUCACGAGCAUGUGUUGGUGAAAGAACCAGGGACUGACAAGGAAACCCCAUGGCACCAUGAUCAAUCUUACUAUCCAAUCGAUGGAGAAAAGGUGUGUUCUAUCUGGAUGCCUGUGGAUCCAGUUCCACGCGACACCUGCGUGCAGUUCAUCGCGGGUUCCCAUAAAUGGGGGUGGUUCGAGCCCAUCAAGUUUGAAACCGAGCGUCCUUACCAGAUAAUCGACAACGAAUGCGAAGAAAAAAUUUACCAAAAAGUUCCAGACGUUGCAGCGAACAAGGACAAAUAUAAUAUCUUAUCCUGGGAUGUGCAGCCAGGCGACUGCAUUGUAUUUCAUAUGAAAACUCUCCACGGGGCACCGGGAAAUGCCUCCAGGGUUAAUUGGAGAAGAGUAUUUAGCUCACGGUGGCUUGGUGAUGAUGCAGUGAUAGCUCGCAGACCCUGGAUAACUUCUCCUCCAACAAAUGGCGGUUUGAAAAUCGGAGACAGAGCUGUGUCGGAUGAAUUUCCUAUUGUCUGGAAAAGCGAAGAAUAACAUAAAUUAGAGGAUGUGUUUAUACUCAGAUUUUGAAGAAAGAAAGAAAGUUUUUGACUCGCUUUUUGUCAUUCAUGGUUUUUUUUUUAAAAAUGGCAGAAAAUUUUUGAAGAUUGCAAUUGAAAAGAGCAUUAAAAAAAAGACUAUU